AUGUAUAUAACGACUUUAAUUAUUUGUGCACGGUCAACAUAUACUUUACCUUUGAACUUGGAUUAUAAUGCGUUGACUGCAGGGUUUAAGAGAAAGAAGGGUUUGGGAAAGGAUGAAGCCGAGAGGGUGUACGAGUGCCGAUUUUGCUCCCUCAAGUUCUGCAAAUCUCAAGCACUAGGCGGCCACAUGAACCGGCAUCGACAAGAGAAAGAAACCGAGACGCUCAAUCGAGCUCGUCAGUUGGUGUUCUGCAACGAAAGUCUCGCCGGCGCUGCAGCAGUCAUCGGAUUGAAAGAUCUAGCUCGCACGAGCUCACAAAUCCACAUCGGGGGCUACCAACACUUCGCUGCCGGCGCCGGCGCCGGCGGCGGCAACGGCAGUAUUAACGGAGAAGCGUUUCUUCAAUUCCGACCAGUGGUUUAUCCGAAUGCACCCGUGCAGCAAUACAUUUAUCCUUCUUAUUCCCCACCCUCACACUCGCUUCCAUACACAUCGCCACGCGUCCAACGCUCCGACGCCACCAUCGGCGAUUACUGUGUUGGCCAUGUCGCCUCCGGGAGCGCCCAGCGUCAAGCACAGUACGGUCCUCAUCGAGAUCCCGGUUUUACAUGCUACGGAGCGCCUCUGUCUCACAGCUCCUCCUCGGUCGAGGAAGCGCGGCCAGCGACUUCAAGAGAUCAUGAUGCGCCAUGCAAUCUGAAGUAGAAGAAUUAUUAUUACUGACGAUGUGACUUCCUGAGUUUGCGGCAUGUACUAACAAAUGGAACAUCCACAAUUUAAUUAGACCUCCAAGCUCGUUCUUCCAAA